GUACAGGACAGUUUCAGCAACAUUCGCAUUGUUGGAAUAAUAAUAUCGAACGGCGCAGCCCUUGCCUUGUUGAUGAAAUGGGAUAAAAUCGUUGUCCCCUCUCUUCUCUCUCGAUCUCUCUCUGGCUUGUUACAUCGUUCCCUCCUUGGAUCAUCUAGUCAGUCAGUUUCCCUUGCGUUUCCGUCUGGGAACAGUAGUUUGGUGUGUGCUGCUCCUGUGGAUUUGUCAGACUCUGGUUCGCAGUUGGCAAGAAAGACCAAAAAGAAACUUUCAUCAUAUCAUGGGGCUUACGUGCCCUUUACAUAAACUGCCAGAAAGAAAGCGUGGCAGAAAGUGGUGCAUUGCAUCUUGAGUUUUGUAUUGGAAUUCGCUGACUCGUGACGGAAUUCGUCUCAUUAUGCAAGUGCCGUGACCGAUGCUGAUACGUUUUUCUCCCUACGGAACGGGAACAAACUGAUCAUUUGUGUUUCAUUGCGGAUUAAACCUGGGAUCUUUCAUAUCUGCUGUUGACUGUUGUAUGAUCUUGCUACUAUUUCCAGCGGGAAAAUGACUAAAGACCGGUUGACAGCCCUAAAAGCGGCUCAAAGCGAUGAAGAGGAUGGAAUCGGGUUGGAUGAAGUGGCGCUCAAUAUGGAAGGGGGGCAGGGUCAGAUGGAUGAAUUUUUCGAACAGGUCGAAGAGAUACGAACAUCUAUAGAGAAAGUGGAAACCGAUGUGGAAGCGGUCAAACACAAACACAGUGCCAUUCUCUCUGCGCCAACCACCGAUGACCGCGACAAGGAGGAACUGGAGCAGCUCAUGGCUGAUAUCAAAAAAGACAGCCAAUAAAGCCCGCAGUAAGGCUUAAAGGUGAUUAUCGAGCAGAGCAUUGAAGCGGAAGAGCAGUCAAACAAGGCUUCAGCUGAUCUGCGGAUACGGAAGACGCAGCAUGCGACACUGUCGAGGAAGUUCGUGGAGGUCAUGACCGAUUAUAACAAAACCCAGACAGAUUACCGGGAGCGAUGUAAAGGUCGAAUUAAGCGCCAAUUGGAAAUAACCGGACGUGCCACGACAAAUGAGAAGCUGGAGGAAAUGCUGGAAACCAAUAAUCCGCAAAUCUUCACUCAGGGGAUUAUAACAGAUUCCCAGCAGGCCAAACAGACUUUGGCUGAUAUCGAAGCGAGGCAUCAGGAUAUCAUUAAACUUGAAAACAGUAUUAAGGAGCUAAGGGAGAUGUUCACUGACAUGGCCAUGUUAGUGGAAAGCCAGGGUGAACUGAUUGACAGAGUGGAAUACAACGUGCAGCAAUCCGUAGACUACAUUGAAACGGCUAAGCAGGACACGAAAAAAGCUGUAAAAUAUCAAAGUCAAGCACGACGAAAGAAGAUCAUAUUGAUUUUGGUUGGCGUGGGUGUUUUGGUUCUGGCAGCCGUGAUUAUCACAUUGACUGUGAUUUUCAAGCAGAAUGUUGGCUAAAUUAUUUCCGCGUUUUUGAGUUUAUGCUUUUGCCGGUUCAGUUGCGUUUGGUGAUGUGCAUUUAAAUAGCGGUGAUUUUAUGGAGCAUUUUUGUGUUUGAUACUUUGAUUUCGGAUCUCUGGAUUUUUUAUGCUGGCUGCUUUCCGAAGCUAUGUAUUUUGCUGUGCGAAAUUAUGGAGUGCCGCAACCCUGUGACCUUUGUAUGCCCGAUAAUUGUACAGUAUCAAAUUCCUUGGUUGAUGGCUACUUGGUUUG